GUGAUAGGUGUGUGUGUGUGUGUGUGUUGGUCGCUAACCCUGGGAUAAUAAAAUACCGUCUUGACCGCAGUUGUGAAGGAGAGUGCGUGAAAAAGAUUCCCCUGGGCGCAGCAGCAGCAGUAGCAGUAGGAGGAGGCAGGAAGGUGGCAGUAGAUCAGUAGGGUGGCCACAUCACUGACACCAUGUCGCACCACAGUGAUGAAAAUGCCGUCUAUGCCUCCACAGACUCCUUCUGGGAGGUGGGCAAUUUCAAACGAACAACAAAAAGAAUCGAAGAUGGAAACAGACUAUGUGAUGACCUGAUGAAAUUAGUAUCAGAAAGAGCAGAAAUUGAGAAAAUGUAUGCAAAGAGCCUUAAAGAGUGGGCCAAGAAGUGGAACAACAUAAUAGAAAAAGGUCCCGAGUAUGGCACGACUGAGGCAGCCUGGAAGGGUGUACUGAUGGAGUCAGAGCAGAGAUGUGACCUUCACAUGCGUGUCAAAGAAAACCUUAUUAACGAUGUCCACAGUAAUGUUAAACUGUGGCAGAGGGAGAAGUACCAUAAGUCUAUGAUGGGGCAGCUAAAAGAGAAAAAAGAUAUUGAAGAUAUGUUCAAAAAAGCACAGAAACCCUGGGCCAAACUCUUCGAGAAGGUUAACAAGAGCCGAGCUGAUUACCAUAAUGCCUGUAAGAAUGAACGGUCGGCACAGAACCAAGAGAGGAAUGCUGGAGGAGACUCCUCAAUUUCUCCUGACCAGGAACAAAAGAAAAACAGCAUAAUAGUUCUGCACAACAAUAUGAAGGUGAAGAAACUCCAGGAUCGUGUAUCCAAAGCCAAGGAAGAGGUGUCACGAGGGCGGGAAAAAUAUGAAAUCUGUCUUCGAGAAAUCUCCGAUUACAACCCCAAAUACUUAGAGGAAAUGACACAUGUGUUUGACAAGGCACAGGAAGCAGAAUCUAAGAGGCUAAUCUUCUUUAAAGACAUGCUUUUUGCCACACACAAAUGCCUCAAUAUAUCUAAUGAUCCAAGUUUACCGCGAAUCUAUGAGGAAUUCAACCACACAGUAGCAAAUGCCGACUAUGAAAAAGAUCUUAAAUGGUGGAGCAACAAUCAUGGAGUUAAUAUGCCGAUGAACUGGCCCUCGUUUGAGGAAUAUUCAGAAGAAUUCCGCGACAUUAGCAGCAAAGGCAAGCGCAGUGGGCAGAUCCCCGAGGGAGCCAUCACUUUGCUGAACCAACGCACCGUCGGCGAUGACUUGCCAGAAUACACGCCUGAUCUUCACCGCAUCAGUAAGAAGGCACCAAAAGGAGCAGUAAGUGGUGUGGGAGAUGUCACACUCACUUCUGUCAAGGCUCCCUCCAACAACACCUCAGCCACCUCAAAAUCCUCUGAUAAUAAUAGGCAUUCAGCCAUCAGCGAUCCACAGGAGUCUCAAGAAGCUUCUAAUCCUUUCGAUGAGGAGGACGAUCCACAUAGUCAAAACAAUGGUGUGAGUGGUGAUGAUGAUGAGUGGGAUUACAGUGACCGUAUGGUUGACCCCAACAAGCCAGGUGUGCCAGUCAGGGCUCUCUAUGACUAUGAAGGUGUUGAAGCAGACGAACUCUCAUUUAAAGUUGGUGAAAUGUUUGAGAAACUGGAGGACGAAGACGAACAAGGCUGGUGUACGGGACGAAAGGAUGGACGCAUAGGCCUCUACCCGGCCAACUACGUAGAAUUUGCUUAAAAAUUCGUUUCUGCACUUGGUACUCAGUAUUCUUGUUUGGCCAAAAACUGGAGCAUACUCCUACCACUUCAUGCAUAGUAGUUAUGCCAUCAGAGCAUCUUGUGUAAUCACAGAAUACUCUCUUUAAGAACGGGAGCAAGUGAUUAUUCUUUCUUAAAUAUAUAAGUGCAAUUAAAGACGACAGGCUAUCUGAUUUCUGCACUUCAGUCACCAAUAAUUUGUUAUAUGAAUCAUAUAUAAUAUACAUAUAUCAUUUAGCCCUACCAGCAUUUUUGCUGUGUUGCUUUUGAGAAAAUGUUGUUACAGACACACAUACAGUACUGUAUGUGCAUUAUACAGUAAGUAACUAGUAAAUGAUGGCAAAACAUUGUAAAGCUUUGUAAGUCAUAAAAUCGAAGACUGUAUGAACUUAAACACUUCUAGUAAAUUGUGAGGAUACUCGUGUGCUUUGUUUAUAUGUACUGAUAAUGAAGAUGCAGGUUUUGGUAGCAACUAAUGCCUCUGCAUGAUCAGUGUAUAAUCAGGGUUAGAGUACCAACAAACUCUGUGUAGUGUCUGGUGUCUUAGGAAUUUCUUGUAAGUGAUACUUGUGUCUAAUACCGCUUAGAAAUGGUUCUGUAAGUGGUACAGUAUUGAAAAUGUAAGGGAAUGCAUAUUUAAUGAGGUAAUUUAGAUUCUACAGAGCCACUGAAUAAUGGGGUCCAUUUAAUGUGUAAUUCAGUUACCCCAAAUGUUUUAGGUUAUAAGAACUUCACAGCACUUUUGUCAUACCAUUAAUUUUAAAGACAUUUUCAUAAUAAGAGUAAAAAUGUAAAUUGAAUCUUAUGUUGCCUGAGAAAAUGAACACUAUCUCUGUAUGUUUAAACAAGAAUAUACAUAUAUUGCUUUUUACAGUUAUGUAAGCUUACCAUGUAUUUUGAGUAACAAUAAUUUUAAGGUCUCUAAGGGAGUAUUAGAUAUGUCUUAAUGUAUAUUUGAUGAGGACAGAUAUUAGCCAGGCAUUUGACAAGUUUGAUAGAUGUAUAUUUGUAAGGGUAGGACAUGAAGUAGGAUGACAUCACACGUUUGAAUGAGGCUCUGAAUUAUUUAACUCUGCAUUGCUCCGUUAUAUGGGGUGGUGUAUAGAGUGUACCGUGAGAAAUGUUACCAAGGAAAGGUGGUUCUGGAAAUAUGAGACCAUAGAUGAUUGUUUAGACUUGUAUUUUUAGUAAUGUCCUGGUAAUGAUGCAUAUAUAACGAAUGUACAUAGCACUUGUUUUAUUCCAGUAACUAACAUGUACAUAAUGUUAUUCGCAUGGUGUAGGCCCCUCACUGUUAUGUAAUCACUUAAGAUGUUUCAGUGACCUUCUACAACUAUUUAUUUUGAUAGGAAACAUUCAAAGUUUUCCACAUCAUUAUAUCCCUAAAUUAGGUGAUAUUGCUUCCUUUCUUUUCCUUUCUUAUAAUUAUAAGAAAUUUCUUGAACAGUAAUGUGGUCAUCAAUUUAAGGGUCUGUAUUAGUUAUCAAGAGUAAAGUAAUCAGUGUUAGGGUCUGUAUUGGUUGUUAAUAUAAUAAUGUUAGGAAAGUUACCUUAAAUAAUGGUUUAAACUUACUGGAAUUACUUAUUGAAACAUGUUCUCUACAAUGUGUAUACUGAUGAUAUUUGUAUUAUUUUUAUAAAAUAUGAGGAUUCCAUGUCUUCUCCAUAAAUAUCAGCUCCAUUAGAUUUUACAAAAUUUACGCUUAGCUUUUUAUAGGUACGAAAAGGGGAGAUUUGAAAGUCAAUUAAUUCACCAUCAAAUAAUAGUCUUCUUUUCUUUUCUUUUUUUUUUCCAAAAUUUUACAACUAAUGGUGUAUGACCCUCAUUGAAAUUCAACAUACAGAUCAUCAUAGGUCAUUAUAAUGAAUGUACAGCUUGUUGUCUCCUAAUUAUUCCUUAAACUCAUGCUUGAGGCCUGUGUCAUCGCUUGGAACAAUUGACAUUACAGGUAUAUAUAUAUAUAUAUAUAUAUAUAUAUAUAUAUAUAUAUAUAUAUAUAUAUAUAUAUAUAUAUAUAUAUAUAUAUAUAUUUUCCCAUUCUUUUGUAGCCAAACAAUUCCUUAAAUUGUUUGGCUACAAAAGAAUGGGAAUAGGUACUAGCUGUUUUUUAAUUUUGGUCCGAGUCCCACUGUUUUGGAGCAAUGCCAGUGAAAAUAAGAUUACUAAUGGCACUUGUUAGACCUAACAGGAUUUUACUGAAUUCAAAAGGCUGUCAACAGUUAAGAGGUGCUUGUAGAAGUGUCCAAGAAGCGAGUUUUCAAGCAGUGGCCUGGAGCUCACUCUGCAGAGUUGUUGGUAAUGCGUAGACUAUUGUUGAAUUCAGCUGGUCUGUCUUAUGUACUUUUGUGUGCUUUACAAUCACUCGUAAAAUAGGGUUGGGUAUUGUUUUAUGGGUAUCUUAAGGAUCUUAAUUACUUGUUACACUAAUCUUCUAAUUCUGUUUCUCUCUUGACUUUUACCAUAACUGUUUAUUAUAAAUUUAUCCACUUAGGUGUACCAGAAAAGUUGUCCUGUGUAUGUUUCUUGAUCUGAAUUGCCUGGACAAGAAUAAUGAGGUUUGUUUAAAGGUGCAGUAAAAUAAAUUUCUCUUGUUGCCUUUAAGUGCCAAUGCUAAGAAUGAGUGCAUCAUUUUUAUUGAGUUACAAGCAUGAUGAAUUCUUUCAAACUAGGGACCCCAUGAGACAAUAUUUCCUCCUAAUGCAUACCAUAUCACAGCAAUGUUUAGUAGGUGAUUGUACAUACAUACAUACAAUAUAUAUGUUUGUUCCAAGUUCUGUGGUAGGUUCUGUGUGUGUGAUGUGAUCUGGAACUGUGUGUCACAUAAUUAUGAUACAAUAAAGGAUCAAAAGUGACCAGUAUUGAUUCUUUUAUGUGACCAAUCUUAAUACAAUAUUUUCAACUCCUUUACUGUAGUUCUGUUUCUUUGUUUAACAAGUACUUGAGUGAUGAGAAAAAGGAUUUUGUUCUACUUGAGGAAUAUCAUUAAAUUUGUCUCAUUGAGUUCCAGCUCCAGUGUUUUUGCCUACAUUUCCUGUACAUAAACUUAUUUUAUUUAACCACAUAGGAAAAAAAUAAUGAUCCUGACUUGUCCUGUGCUGUCUUAGAAAAGACCUAUGCUUUGAUAUCCUAUGGAUUUUCUCUUAAUAUUUCUUUUUGGGGUUUUGCCAGCAUUAUUAAGAAUGUCUUAGGAUAAUAAAAUUUCUGGGCCUUGCAGUGUUUCUGUACUAAGAUGCUAGAGUAGGUAACCGUUGUGUAGCAGUAAGUCCAUUUGUUCAUUGAUCACAAGCGUUAUACAACCAUCAGCCAAAUUUUGUCAAGUUGAUGGAAAACUGUAAAACAUACUCAAGGUUGGAUAAAUUAUUUUGUGAUCAGUUUCUCUGUUAAGUGCCUGAUAUCAGUUUGUUAAAUUUAUUUAUUUUAAGUCUGAAGAAAUUGUUCUGCAGCUUUGUAUCAUAAAUAUUAAAGAUUUUCUGCAUUUCAUUAGGAAAUGUAACCAAUAAAAACUUAAGUCACUAAUUUUUAACACUAUUUAAUCUGCAGGAUUAUUGUAGCAACGAGCUUGCCCAUUGCAUGAUAGUACAUUGUUCAUAGACUGAUAGAUGAACAAUUAAUACUGAAAAUAGGUACUAUGUUUUGUUGUUUGUACUCUUAUUGAGAUAAUGCUGUCCUUUUUUCCACUUUUUUUUAUUUAUGCUUGAUUUGACUUCAGUAACUAAAAGUUUACUCUUUACUGUUUUUGUUUUGUUUUCUUUUUAGUCCAAGCCUGCUAUUUAGGAUUGUAAUUGAUAACAUGUGAUAUUAUGAUAAUUAUGUUUUGGUAGAAGUUCUGUACCUGACAUUUCUUAUAAUGAUCUAUUUUAAAAGUUAUCUAGUGGCAUACUCUCCAGAAUAAUAUAUACUCCACACUUCUCAUAGCUGUUACCAUGUUUCAUAUUUAAAAGAAACUUGAGAACCCCCCCAAAAUUUCCCAUUGACAUUUUCAAGCUUCACCCAGUAAGAAAAAUGGGGACUUUUACCUCUGGUCUAAAGGUAAGCAGAUUUUUUCCCUACAAAGAAGAAACUGAUUGAUACUGAAGUUCAUUUCCAAGUCAAAAUGGCCAAGCUUGACACAGCCUUCCAUAAGAUGCUAACACAUGUUUUAUGUACAGAUCCCUAAAAUCUGCUCAAUAAUAGACUCCAAGAAACACUUAAAAUGACUGUCAUCUCAAAUAAAUAAAUGUAUAGUA